UGUCAAAGUGUCAAACGAUCGCGCGAUGAAUUUCAUGAAGAGCCGUAUCGAUCGUCCGGUGGAUCCGCUUCCACGGCCGCAGGUCUUCCGCCACAUUCAACCCCACCCCGCGGGGACCAGUCGGAGCGGUAGCAAAAGCAUUCACGACACGCUGAACGAAACCGUCGCGGCGAACGAGCCGUACGUGGUGUGCGCCCUGGCGGAAGGUCGUGGCCACGCCGCGCUCGAGAUUGGCCUCGCGGCGAUUGACGUUUCGGCCGCGCCGGUACUGCAGAUGAGCCAGUUCAGUGACAACUUUUGGUACAGCAACGUGCUAACCUCACUGCAGGCGCUGAACCCGAACGUGAUCUUUUUCAGCGAUCACUCGCUAAACACGCGAUCUUCGAACCUCCCGACAAUCAUCCAGCAGUUUCUUGUGGACGUGCAGAUCGUGUCGCUUCCGCGGAGCUUCUUCAACGACUGCAACGCGGAAAAGUACAUGGACGACCUGUGCAGCUCGAGCUACCAAACUCUGAAGCAGACGGUCCACUGCAAGUACUACGGGUUGGCUGCGGUCGGGGCUAUCCUGCGGCACUGUUGCGAGGCCGGUUUGUUGCGGAUUGCGGCAAAGUCGCUGCAGUUUAAGUACGUCAACAAAAAGGACACGAUGGCGAUCGAUGUGGAGUGCGUUGGCCACCUGGAGGUCAUCUUUUCGCUGCAGAACAUGGCCGACAAGCAGUCGCUGUACCAGUUUGUGAACCACUGUAUUACGGCCGUGGGUAAGCGGCACCUGAGGGCAAACCUGCUGGAACCGAGCAGCAAGCGGGACGUUCUGGAAGCCAGGCUUGCCUGUAUUGGAGAGCUUUUGGUGAACUCCGAGCUGUUGGGUGGGAUUCAGCGGAUUCUUCGAGGUUUGGUGGACAUUGGAGCGCUGAUGAAGCUUUCGGUGGAUGUCGAUAGUACGAAAUCGUCCAAACAAAACACGCUGCAUGUGUUAAACCAGGCAAGCACUCUGCGAAAUGCCCUUCGCAGCGUUCCCGAACUUGAGGAACUGCUCGGCCAAGCUGAAGCACCUUUUUUGCGGGCAAUUCGCCACGUCCUCGCGACCGAAGUGUACAAGAGGCUGUACGAUCAAAUCUGUACCGUGCUGGACGCUGACGGAGCAAACCCGCAAACGGCAAGCUACUAUCGGCUGUUUCUGAUCAAGUCGGGAGUUUCGUCCACACUUGACGUGUUCCGACGAUUGUACUCGGAAGUUAUAGAUGAAAUUCGAGAACAUAUCGCCGAUCUGACCCGCGAACUUCGGCUGCUGUUGAAGAUGUCCUUCAACAAAACCACCGGCUUCUACAUCCAGCUAUCCGUCAAAGAGGGCACCACCGUGCUUCCUCCGGUUCUGAAGGUGUUGAGCCGAGCCGGAAAGCGAUACAGUUUGACCACGAGCACGCUGCAAGCGUUGAAUGAGCGGAUCGAAGGUAUUAUUCGGGAGAUUGAAAGUGUGAGCUACGGCAUCAUAAAGCAACUGAUCGACACGAUCCGAGAGGACAUCGAGCCGGUUUAUCUGCUGGUGGCGCACAUUACCGAUCUGGACAUGGUGCAAUCGCUGGCGGUCGUCAGCCAGGACAAGGACUACUGUCGACCGAACUUCGGAAGGUGCACCAAGAUCGUUGGGGCGCGGCAUCCCCUGCUGGAGUCUUACGGUGCCGUUGACAAGGUCGUCCGGAACAAUGUGAUCGCAACCCCCGAGUACAACGUAUUCCUCGUAACGGGUCCCAACAUGAGCGGUAAAACGGUCUACAUCAAGACGAUUUGCCUGCUGCAGAUCAUGGCUCAGCUCGGAUGCUACGUUCCGGCUGCCAAGGCCGAAUUCCGUAUCGUUGACCGACUGAUGGCCAUCUUCGGCGCAGCCGAGAGUGUCGAGCAGGACCUUUCCAACUCUUCACGGAUGGCCAAAAAGCUGGAGGUCAUCGCCCACAGUUUGUCCGUGGACAGUCUGGUCGUGAUUGAUGAGUUGUUCGGCGACACUCAACACCCAGAGACGGACAGUCCCCGGUGGAAGUUGCUCGAACAGAUCGCGGGCUUCAUCGGAUUCGACCCCAGUGCCAAGUGCGAAAGCUUGUCCGCUAUUCGCAGACCAUUCAUUUACCUCACCACCCACUGCCACGACAUGCUCCGACCGCUGGAACACAUGCACAACGUGUCCCGGCUCUGUCUUCAAACGGAAACUGUGACCGUCGAAGGUUCCGAUCGUCUCCGUUACAAAUACACCGUCUCCGAGGGGAAAACCUCCGUGAAGAACUACGGAAUAUCGCUGGCGCGAUGCGUCCGAAUGCCGCCAACUGUAAUAACCCGCGCGGAGCAGAUCAACGAGCAGCUCAAGGCACGAUCGUUCGCCGGGCAAGUCAACGCCCACAAUUCAACCCUAGCGGACGAAACGCUCUCCACCCAGGCCAACCUCCGCUGCUUCGACAAACGUCUGUACGACCUGUACGCCCAGAUCGCCUGCGUCCUAUCGGCCCCCACCGACGGACAAGACUCCGACACGCUAACAACCCAUCUGAACAGUGUUUUGGAAGGGUUCACCUCAGCGUUGCCACCGGAAGCGGUGCGUUAUUUGCGGCACACCCCCCUGGACGAGUUGCUUCGGAAGGGAUCGGCGGGACCGGCGGCGGAGAGAACAACCACGACCGUGGUGGAACCAAGCGUGAGUGACUUUGCGGUUGCCGAAAGUGACGACGAAGGUCCGAGCGAUGUGGAGUCGGUUGAACAUAUUGAAAUUGAUGAAACGCUCGACGAGGAGCAGCUGUCGGAAGAACUUUAG